AUGUUUGGAUUUGCUAAGAUCGUCGCUGCGCUCUCGGUCGCAGCUACCCUUGCUGGCGCGGCUCCGACCCUCGAGCGCCGUCAAACCGCGUGUUUUGUUGUUGGCCGGACGGCUCUCCCAGCUGAAGUCGCCAACGGUAUCCCGGUACUUGCCAGCCAGGUAACUUGCGGCCCGAGGACUAUCGCCAACACCGGAGGAGUUCCCGACGUCACUUCUGGAGGAAUCUCCUACUCGAGCAUCGACUUCCAGUCGUCCAGGAAGAGCCCUGUCGGAUUUGCUCUUGACACCUUCAAGACGCCCACCGACCCCGCCACAGCGAAUUUGGCGACGCUGCAGAACCAGCUUAACGUCUACCUUGCGAUGGAGGUUGGCGUUCGCUCGACCAACUCGAACAUCCUUGGGAGGCUGAAGGGCGCCAAGUUCUUCCUCCAGUUCCAAAUCGCCCGUGUGCGCACGGCGCAAGGCGUCAGGCUCGGCGUCGCUGAUACCGUCGAGCACCAGCUGGGCAAGGUUCUGAAGAACGCUGUUGGCGCCACCCAAGCUGAGAAGGAUGCCGUCACUGCACUCUCCAGGCAACUCUAA